AAACAAUGGUUGGAAACUGAUCAAAGAGAGAAGCAACCUGGAAUUAAGGAGAAACUUCCUGAUGCAUCUGCUCCUGCCUGCGUGUCAAAACAACAGGUGAAAAACACUAAAAGAAACUAUUCAGACACUACUCCACGUGUCGUUCUUAGUUCCUGGAGUCUGACAAUAUCUGCAGGCCCAGAGGAUGUUUCUCCAGACUCUGUAGGUGUUCCGAUGGCUCUUUCUCCUUGUUCCAAUGGGGUCCCAAUAGUUGUCUUGUUCCUGCUGUUCCUGGCUUCCACUGUUUUGUGCGACUGCUUAACUCCAACCUUACCCCCCCAUUCUAGAUUAAGAGGUUCAGAAGACCUAAAAGAUAGCUAUCCCCCUGGAACUGUUUUGCGAUUAGUGUGCAUCCCAGGUCAUGAAUUUAUACCUGGGAGUCGUCCUCUUAUGACAUGCUCUCCAGAGGGAACGUGGACAAAGAUUCCAGAAUUAUGUCAAGGAAAGCGAUGUCCGGUUCCACAUUUAGAAAAUGGAAGAAUAGUAACUUCAGAUGAUCUUCGGCUUGGUGAAACAGUAACCUUGGCCUGUGAAGUUGGAUUCAGAAUGAUAGGUGAAAGUAUCCUUCGAUGUAUUCUAAGAGGAGGCGAAGUUAGGUGGCAUAGAGACAUUCCAUACUGUGAACGGAUUCCUUGUGUUCGCCCUCCUACAAUUUCCAAUGGAAGGUAUGAUGCUGAUCCUACAGAUGAAUAUUCUGUGGGCAUGGCUGUUGUAUACCGGUGUAAUGCCGAUUUCUCCCUUAUUGGACGUUCAACAAUUAAUUGUGUAGUUGCAGCUGAUGGUAAGAAUGGAGAGUGGAGUUCACCUCCACCCGAAUGUAAAAAAGUCAAUUGUGCAAAACCAAGCAUCCGAAACGGGAGAUUGGUAUCUUUAUAUAGACCUACAUAUACAUAUGGUGAUAGUGUAUCAUUUGAAUGCAAUCCUGGCUAUACUUUGGUAGGGGCCACUGUGGUUAAAUGUGCUGCUGAUAAUACAUGGAAACCUCCUCCUCCACGUUGUGACGAGGGUGUAGCAACUACCAAACCAACCAGACCACCUCCACCAGUUCCUCCUGUCCCUCCUCCUGUCCCUCAUCCACCCCCUGUCCCCCCCACAAUUCUCCCUACCCUUGUUCCUCCAAAAGAAGAUGAGACUACUUUUAUUCCAAUGUACCCAACCCAAAGUGCAACAAUUCCUACACCUGAAUCAGGAUCUGGAUCAGGCAAAAUUGUUGGAAUUGUUUUUGGAAUUAUUUUUGCCCUUAUAGUUCUGGCUGCUUCGAUAUUUGCAGCUGUGAAAUGGUGGAACCAGUGGAAAGCUAAUGCUCCUGAUAAUAGUCAGGUAGCUUCAGAGAAAGAAAAAACGACGGGUGAUCAGAGACCACAAAAACUUCGAAGUAAAACUUCAGGAAACAUUCAGCAUUUUUCUUCUUUAGAAUAG